UGGGAUCCGAUCUCCCCGCAUGAGAGUCACUGUCUCCCUGGCUGCUCCGGAGGUUUAUUCCAUAGUCGGCUCCAUCCUAGGUGAUCCAGCCAUGACUUAUUACUCCAGCUCCUCGGCCGCUGAUGGCUCUGCCAUGUUCCAGCUCCCGCCUCCUGCAGUCAUGAAUUCCAGUUUCCAGGAUCCUUUUAUCCCUUAUGGAUUUCCAGUACAUGAGGAUCAGCACAAGUGGAGUCAUCCAUUGUGGAAAGGUCUGGCCAUCCAGGAGGUGCCAUGGGGAGCAGAUAUAACAGAUAUGGAGUGUGCGGACGUGCCCCUCCUGACACCCAGCAGUAAGGAGAUGAUGUCUCAGGCUCUUCGGGCCACCUUCAGUGGCUUCACCAAGGAGCAGCAACGCCUCAGCAUUCCCAUUGAUCCUCGAGAAUGGACGGACGCUCACGUCAGGGACUGGGUGUCAUGGGCAGUGAACGAGUUCACCUUAAAGGGUGUAGACUUCCAGAAGUUCCACAUGAGCGGAGCAGCGCUGUGCGCCCUCGGGAAGGAAUGUUUCCUGGAAUUGGCACCGGAUUUCGUAGGAGACAUCUUAUGGGAACACUUAGAAAUCUUACAGAAAGAAGAUUCAAAACUGUAUCAAACCAGUGAGCUGGCCCCAGCAUAUCCCGAGUCCAGAUACAGCUCCGAGUACUUCAUCAGUUACGGCAUAGAACAUCCACAGUGUGUGCCGCCAUCAGAGUUCUCCGAACCCAGCUUCAUCACAGAAUCCUACCAGACCCUGCACCCUAUCAGCUCAGAGGAGCUUUUGUCUCUGAAAUAUGAGACCGAAUACCCCUCUCCGCUCCUGCGAGACCCUUUACUGCCCGACUCGCUCCACGGGGACUACUUCACUAUCAAGCAGGAAGUCGUGUCUCCAGAUAACAUGUGUGUGGGACGGAUUAGCCGAGGUAAGCUUGGGGGACAGGAGUCGUUUGAAAGCAUUGAGAGUCAUGACAGCUGUGACCGUCUCACCCAGUCCUGGAGCAGUCAGUCUUCCUACAACAGCCUACAGCGCGUUCCCUCGUACGACAGCUUCGACUCUGAGGACUACCAGCCUGCACUGCCCAACCACAAACCCAAAGGAACCUUCAAGGACUAUGUGAGAGACAGAGCCGAGCUGAAUAAGGACAAGCCAGUCAUCCCCGCCGCCGCCCUGGCCGGAUACACAGGCAGCGGACCCAUCCAGCUCUGGCAGUUCCUCUUAGAGCUUCUUACGGACAAGUCCUGCCAAUCCUUCAUUAGCUGGACGGGCGAUGGCUGGGAGUUCAAACUCUCUGAUCCAGAUGAGGUUGCCAGACGUUGGGGCAAAAGGAAAAACAAGCCUAAAAUGAACUACGAGAAGCUGAGUCGUGGUCUGCGGUAUUACUACGAUAAGAACAUCAUUCACAAGACUGCUGGGAAGCGAUACGUCUACCGCUUUGUAUGUGAUUUGCAAAGCCUUCUGGGAUAUGUGCCGGAAGAGCUUCAUGCAAUGCUGGACGUGAAACCGGACACUGAUGAAUAAGGACCAUAGAUGGGGGACGGUAAAAAAAAAAAAAAAAAAAAAAAAAAUCAAAGACAAACCCUAUGGACCCAAACUCCACACUCCAUGCCCAGAACUGUUUUAUAUAAGACGAACGCGGAGGAUUCUGGGAAGACUUAGACGCUGACUGUGAGACUCUGUGUUGCCGGAGAUCUCUUGUCGGUUGUUUCUCACUUUAAGGCUGAAAUGGAAGAAGAGUAACAUUGAUGGCUUCUGUGAGCGAGCACAUUCAUUCCAGACGCUGUGCCAGUAUUUCUCACCUUUUUC